AUGGAGAUGCCGGCGGUCCCUGGGGAUCCGGAGGCUGCCAUGGGCCCGGGCGCAGUGCCCAGGAGCCGCCGGAGCACGCGGGAGCCGGGACUGAGGCUUCUCCUCCUGGGAAAACACGGCGCGGGGAAGAGUGCCACGGGGAACAGCAUCCUGGGCCGGGAGGCGUUUGCGUCCAGAUUCAGGGUGCAGGCGGUCACCACAGAGUGCCAGAGCGCGCACGGGACUGUGCGGGACACGGAGCUCGUGGUCAUCGACACCCCCGACCUCUUCUCCUCGAGCGUCAGCGCCGAGGCCCAGCGUGGCCACCUCGAGCGCUGCGCGGAGCUCUCAGCUCCCGGCCCCCACGCGCUGCUUCUGGUCAUCCCCAUCGGCAACUUCAAGAAAGAGGACGCGGAAACCUUCCAUCGCGCCAAGUCCAGGUUUGGACGGGAGACCGGGAAGCAUAGCAUCGUGGUCUUCACCAGGAAGGAUGAGUUGGGGGAGGACUCCCUGCAUGAGUUCGUGGAGAGCGACAAGGCCCUAAGGGCGCUGGUGCAGGACUGCGGGGGCCGGUACUGCGCUAUCGACAACAAGGCCUCGGGGGCGGAGAGGGACGCGCAGGUGUCCGAGCUCCUCUGCAAGGUAAAGGGUCUGGUGGACCAGAACGGAGAACAGCCCUAUUGCCUGGACCUCGGAAACGAGCACAGUGAAUUGCAGGAUACCAUGAAUGAAAGACGUGACAAUUCACAUGGGUCCGAGGAGAUGCAGCUGCAGUCGGCCAGCAGUGAGCUAGCCCCCGAGACAUCAGAACUGAGGGUCCUGCUGGUGGGCAAGCACGGCGCGGGAAAAAGCACAGUCGGAAAUCGCCUUCUGGGGGAGCAGGCCUUUGACACCGGAUUCAGUGAAGAACCCAUGACCACAAAAUUUCAGUCUCAGAGUAGAGUCUGGGAAAAUAGGAACAUUUUGAUCAUCGAUUCUCCAGACAUCUCAUCUCCAGAUAGUUUUAAGGGGCAGUUUCAGAGAACCACACGUGGGGGCCCCCAUGUCAUCCUGAUGGUGAUUCCAAUCGGCUCAUUUUCCAAGAAAGAUGAAGAUCUGCUGGAAACCCUUCGAAAAACUUUUGGAACCAAAGUCUUUGAGCACAUGUUCAUUCUCCUCACCAGGGAAGAAGAUAGACGUCAGAGUACAGAAAUGUUAAAAGAUAGAGAUGAUUCUCUCAAUAGUCUCCUCAGGAAGUGUAAAAAUAAAAAAUUCUCCAACUACAAAGCAGUGGGGGAGGAGGAACAGCAGCAGGUGGAUCAGCUCCUGCAAGAACUCGUGAUUCUGACGCAGCAGAAUGCGAAUAAGCCAUGUGCCAUGGUAAAGGAAGAUACCCUGAGCAUUGUCCUUGUGGGGAGGGGCGGGACUGGGAAGAGCGCAACUGGAAACACCAUCCUCAGGCGGAUGGCGUUCCCCUCACAGCUCAGUGCUCGGUCGGUUACCAAGACCUGCCAGACCGGCAAGGAGAAGUGGGGGGAACAGGAAGUAGUGGUUGUGGACACGCCUUCCCUCCUCCUGGUACCCAACGACUCCGAGGGUCCAUCCCAGCUAGAAGAGGAGGUAAGACGCUGUUCGUAUUACUGUGAAGGGAACAGGAUUCUCUUUGUCCUGGUGUUCCAGUUGGGAAGGUUCACUCAAGUGGAUCAAAGUGUUUUGGUGCAGUUAGAGAAAAUCUUUGGAGAGAAAGUUAAGGAAUACACAAUUGUGCUGUUCACUCGGAAGGAAGAUCUAGGGGGUGACAGCAUUGAAGAUUACCUUAAGAAUGUAGAUUGCAAAGCUCUUAAGAAGACUGUUGAAGAGUGUGGAGGGCGAGCUUGUGCCUUUAGUAACAGAGAGUCAGGUGAAGCUGGGGAAACCCAGGUGAGAGAUCUGCUGACAAUGGCCAAUGAACUGAUAAAGAGCCAUGGCGGGCAUGGAUAUCCUUUUAUUUUGGAUGAGGUUACCCAAAGAAUUAAACUCAUGAAAAGUGCUCAGGAAAAGUCCAAACACAAAUCUCAGAAACAGGAUUCAAGAAAUAAUUUCACAGAGAUGGUCGUAAAUGCACCAGGUAGAAUGAAAGACUACGCUUGUAAGAAGCUCAAGACCUGUAAAUGGCGAUCCACUGAGCACAGCCAGGAGUGA